CAUCUACGCCGCGAUAAGUUGGCACUAGAACCUGCAAAUCAAGUACAUCUACGUGGUGCCUCCUUAUUUAGGAGCCCAUCGAAGAUCAUCGACCCGGACAUGUCCAACACCAAGAGGGACGCCGCGGCGAUCAUCGCCAGCGCCUCACGGCACAAAACGCCGCCAGCGACCAGCGACUACAAGAACCACCCAGCCAAACAAAUCUGGUGCGACACGCAGUGGUCGAAUCUGAGCAUGCAGGCGAAGAAGCUCGAGCUGCCGGAACUGCCGUACUUCGACCCGGAGACCAUGCUGCUGAGCAAGGAGGUCAACAUCAAACUAUGGGAGCAGCUUAAACGCCUGUUCGACCAUCUCGGCCCGGACAAGGCGCCGUUCGCCACGCCCGUCAUGAAAAAGGGCGGGGUCGUCAAGUGGCACAGUUUCCUCAACGACGACCGGGGUGACGAGGCCGAGGUCUACGACUCCGUCGUCGACGCGUUCAUGAGCAAUGCCAAGAACCGUGGUGAAUAUUUGAAGGAC